AUGAUUUUGGUUCAAACGCCGCUCUCGAACGCAGCCUACCAUGGACAUGAAGCGAUAGUGAAGCUGCUACUGGAUCGAGAAGAUGUGGAAGCAGACUCGAAAGAUAGUCUUAGUCAGACGCCGCUGAUAUGCGCAGCCGAACGUGGACAUGAAGCCGUGGUGAAACUGCUGGUGGAGCGAGAUGAUGUUGACGCAGAUGCAAAGGAUGAGGACGGUCGAACAGCGCUGUCGCACGCAGCUGAGUGUGGACAUGAAAUAGUUGUGAAGCUGCUCGUGGAUCGAGAAGAUGUUGAUAUGGAUUCAAAAGAUCAUGAUGGUCGGACACCAUUAUCAUGGGCAAGUGACUGUGGAUAUAGAACGGUGAUGAAGCUACUGAUGGAACGCGAUCAAUGA